AUGUACUCUCUCGCUCUCUUCGGCCUUCUCGCCACCGCGGCCAGCGGACACAUGAUCAUGAACACUCCAGAACCUUACGGUAUGGCCACGCUCAACAACAGUCCUCUUGAUCCCAGUGGUUCAGACUUUCCCUGCAAGCAGCGCUCAGGAGUCUACGCUGUAUCCAAGAUGAACACCAUGGCGGCCGGAUCCUCACAGAUCCUCUCCUUCACCGGCAGCGCCUCUCACGGCGGCGGUUCCUGCCAGCUCUCCCUCAGCAAAGACAAGGAGCCCACCAAGGACUCCAAGUUCAAGGUCAUCAAGUCGUACAUCGGCGGGUGUCCGGGCGCUGGGGCAGGUAAUUCUGGUGGGCAGAAUCAAACCUUCGAGAUACCAGCGGGCUUCCCAAGCGGUGAGUACGCAUUCGCGUGGACCUGGUUCAACAAGAUCGGCAACCGGGAGAUGUACAUGAACUGUGCACCGGUUACUAUCACUGAGGGCGGCAGCGAUGACAGCGUCUUCGAGGCCCUUCCCGACAUGUUCGUCGCCAACCUUGCGAUUACAACUUGCAAGUCCGCCGAGACCAUCGACGUCGUCUUUCCCAACCCGGGCGCAUUCGCUCAGACAGCUCCAUCCGUUGAAAAGGGCAACCCGACUGGCGACUGUGGUACUGCAGCUGGUGGCCCGCCUUCGGCUCCAGUACCUGCACCAGCACCUGUUGCGCCGCCAGCUUCUUCAGCUCCAGCGCCUCCCGCGGCCACUUCGCAGGCUCCAGGCGAGUUUGCGCAGCGGCCGACCAUCACCAUGACCGCGUUCGUCACCGUCACCGGUGUGCCGCCGGCAGCCACUUCUCCAGCAGCCUCUGCGCCUGCGGCUCCUUCAAGCGGCGGCAAGUCACCAUGCACCGGUACAGGCCUUCUCUGCAACGGACUGUUCCAGUUCGGCCUCUGCGACCACGGCAAGGUGACCUGGCAGAAUGUUGCACUCGGUACAACUUGCGAGAACAAUGCUAUCGUGAGGAAGCGGAGUGUGGCCUUUAGGGGAUGA